CCUGGAGAGGUGGGCGACGCCCAUGUCAACUUGACGCACAUCGUCCAGCUGACGGAAGACGUUGAAAAUUUAUCGUUUGGUUUCUUCUGCAAGGCAAGGUGUCGCGUUACAUGGCUAGCUUGGCUACCGGCGCUGCGCGUUGAUGCGUCUACUUCUGACCUUCCUUCGGAGCUUGUUGGACCUCGUAUCGAAGGCCAGAGGCCUCAGUUGACUGUGGUAUUGUUCAUGGAUCUGGGCACUAACUGCAGUUUUGGAUCAACGGCAGGAAAACUGUGUCAACUCGCUCUUGGGCGUGUGCAACAUCCGCACGUCCCUAGGCAUGGGUGGGGAGUUCACAUGCCCACCCAAGAUGAGGAGCCCCCUCGAUGUUUACCGCCCUCUUCAACCAAUCUUCUCCCUGGAUGGACCAGGCUUUGUCCGAAGAAAUGGGGGAGGAGAACCCUUUCGUUGUGCAGUUGGACUGACGCAAAGGUCUGGCAGGGGCUCCCGGAUCCGAGGUCAAAUAAGCAUCGGCUGUUCGUGUAACAAAGGUGCGGGAUUUUUAGCGACCCAAAACUGUAGCGCUGUAUUAUCAUCACACGCACUCCGUUAUGAUGUUCUUCAUGAAACACGAAUCCGAGCAACUUGUCUGCGACUUCGAUCAAGGCUGGGCGACUACGACUAGCGGAGGGCUCCGUCGAUUCGCCCCACCGACAUUUCGGCCGUGGCAGUCAGUUCUUGCGCCGUCAGCCGAUACUGUAUCCUGCACAAUAGCAAUCUAUACCGACGAUGACACGCGGACAAAACACCUCUGGUUUCGAACCUACUUCCAACCAGAGGUGUCUUGUCCGCGCCUUAGCACGUCCGUCG